AUGGGUGCAUGUACGUCAAAAGUAAAGAAAAAUAAAGAAAAACAUCUAAAAAAUGACAUAUUAACAACAAAAAAAAAUUCAACUUGUGAACAAUCAUCAUCAAUUAAUCUUGAUAAAUUUGAUAAUGUACCAUUUAUUGAUUCGGAAGAAAAAUUAACAAUAACACCACCACGUUUAACACCUUCAAAAGAUAAUGAUGAACAAACAACAGUAAAAGAUGAUUUUGAAACAAAUCAAUCAUAUUCAAAUAUUGAAACAAUUGAUAAACUUAAACAAGAAGUUUUUACAUAUCUUCGUGAAAAUAUUUUAUCAAAUAAUAAUGAAAAACAAAAACUUAUUGAUUAUAUACAUAAACGAAUUAUUGGUAAUGUUGAAGAAAAAAAACUUAUUAAUGAAUAUAUUGAAGAAUGUUUUAAUAAUAUUCAAGAAAAUUAUUUAAUAGAUAAUGAUAAUAAAAUAAAACAACGUUUAAUGAAUAUUAUAACAAUUUAUGUUGCAUCACAAGCAUCUGAUAAUUCAUUUUUAAAAGCACUUUAUGAUAAAAUGGGUUCAACACUUGAUUUAAAUUCAUUAAAUGCUGAAAUAAAUGAACAUGAAAUUGUUAAUAUAACAGUAACAAAACGUGUACGACAAGUUUUUCUUGAUGAUUCAUCUUCAUCAAUACCAAAUGAAAAUUCAUAUACAAAAGAUACUGUUAUUCAUUUAUCAAAUAAUGAACAUAACAUUCCCGAUGAUUUACCUGAUGAUAUAAAACGUAAAGCUGAACAAGUAUUGAAUAGCUUUAAUAAUGUUAUUCAUUCAAAACAACAUUAG